ACAUUCUGUCACACACUGCGUCAGUCACACAGUUUCACUGCAGCUGUUAGGUUCAGAAAAUAAUUUCUCUCUGUGAAUACCUCGUCCUGCUCAGAUUUUGGAGUCUUUUCGUCAUCUGUUGAUCGCUGCACAUUUUCUUAAGUGGUUAACAAAUUGCUGCUGGAUCACCUGUAGAUUUUUAUUUUCUCAUUUUCUCAUAUCUGCUGGACGUCUAUUUGAAAAAAAUGUCCCACCCUAGCAGUCUGGAUUUAGACAGAUACAGCAGCAUGGAGAAAUCUCGACGCUCUACAGGUCGCAGCCAGUCCAGGACCCAGGCCAAGGACGGGGAAGUGCUGUGUGACUUCUGCACAACGAGGAAGCAGAAGGCAGAGAUGUCCUGCUUGGUCUGCCUGGCAUCUUACUGCAAUACGCAUGUCCAGACUCACUAUGACUACCCUGCCCUGAUGAAGCACAAGCUGGUCAAAGCUACAGGUCAGAUGAGAGAGAAGAUCUGUGCCCAGCAUGACAAGUUGAUGGAGGCUUAUUGUCGCACUGAUGACACACUGGUGUGUGUUUUGUGCAUGAUGGAUGAACACAAACACCAUGACAUCGUCCCGGCUGGAACUGAGAGGACGGAGAAACAAAAACAACUUGGCACCACACUGUACAAGUCUCAACAUAGGAUUGACCAAAGAGUUAAAAAAUGGCAGGAUCUCCGACAUGCUGUUGAAUCAGUUAAACACUCGGCCCAAACUGCUCUCGAAGAGAACGAGCGUAUCUUCUCUGAGCUUCUGCUUUCCAUCGAGAGGAAGUACAACGAAGUCAAAGAGAUGGUCCGCUCCCACGAAAAGACCACAGUGACACGGGCCGAGAUACUGCUGAACCGCUUGGAGGAAGAGAUCACUCUGCUCAGGAAGAAGCACAAUGACUUGGAUAAGCUCUCCAACACCGAUGAUCACAUACACUUUCUGCAGAGCUGGCAGUCUCUGUCAGGCCCCUCGGGAUACGAAGACCUCAACAACAUUAGUGUUGCUCCCAAUUACUCCUUUGAUGCCACCAAGAGAGCCAUCGCUUCGCUGAAAGUAGAAGUCGAAGAAGUCUGCAAGACAGAAAUGAGCAAAGUCUCAGGAACAGUGAAGGAUGUCUACAUCACGCAAGAAGCUGAGACUGAGAGAGAAUCUAUUUCGAGGGACGAACCAAAGACAAGAGAAGAACUAAAGACAAGAGAUGAACCAAAGACAAGAGAUGAACUGAGGACAAGACAAGAUUUCCUGAAAUACUCCUGCCAGUUGAUUCUGGAUGUCAACAGUGUCCAUCGCAACCUUUACCUCUCUGAGGGUAACCGAACAGCCACAAUGAAGAAUGAGCCUAAGAACUACCCUGACCACCCAGAUCGAUUUGACCACUGGCAGCAGGUGUUGUGCAGAGAGAGUGUGACCGGUCGCUGUUACUGGGAAGUGGACUGGAGGGGCACAGAGAUAGACGUGGCCGUUACCUACAGGGGAAUCCGCCGUAAAGGAAACAGCAACGACUGCAGCCUGGGCUGGAACGACAAGUCCUGGAGUCUGUUCUGCUCCGACUCCAAAUUCUCCUUUGUGCACAAUAACAAGAGCAAAGAUAUUCCAAUUCCAAUCGCAUCUCGUAUCGGCAUCUACCUGGAUCAUGCAGCAGGAACACUUGCAUUUUACAGUGUUUCUGAUGGCAUGCAGCUUCUGCACAGAGUCCAGACUACAUUUACACAGCCGCUCUUCCCUGCAUUCAGUGUGUGGGGCUUUGGUACGAGUAUACAACUGUAGGAGAGUUGUCAUAGUGCCGUAGUUAUUAGCACCACAUUUACACAAUAUUCAAAAUAAUGUUGUAAACAUUUGAAACAGGGUGUUUGAUUAAUUAUUUUGCUAAGGUUUUCUUUUUAUUAUGUAUGAAUUAUAUUACUUUUUUUCUUUCUGGUCUUUUGAUCGGUGAUUGUUGUCUAGGGGCAAUCUGCUAAAAAUGUGUCAGUUGUAAGUAGGACAACUUUGCAAUAAUUCAUUAUGAUGUUAGUUUCACAUUGCUCCAC